CUGGCCGCUUUCUCCGUUUUGCCACGCCGUGUGGCUUGUGCGUGAAUGGCUUUACAUUGGGCGCGUGUCAGACUCCGCGCGCGACCCCGCGGCUCACGUGUUCAUUCGCAGUCGGGACGGAAGUGCCGCUUCUGGCCCCGCCCCCUGACGACCCAGUGUUGAUAGCAACGCCACUAGCCGCCGCUGCCGCCACUGGCGAAGAGCUGAACGCCAUGGGCUCGAAGGGAGACGGGGAGAGCGCGAGUGGACUGCGGGAGCAGCUGCGGCGACUGACCAACGAGAACGUGCAGCUGCGGGACAAGAAUGAGCGGCUCUUCAGCAAACUGGGGGAGCUGCAGGGCAAACUGGGCCAACUGGCGGGCUCCAAGACGGACUUGUCCUCUAAACUGGUGUUCAGCGAGGAGGAGAAACUGAAGAUCUCCAAGGACCUCAUUGAGAUGCAAAUCCACACCAAUAAAAUGAGGGAGCAGUACGAAGCGGAGGGCUUUGAGCUCAAGAACAAGAUACUGACCCUGGAGAACCGACUCGUGGAGCUGGAGACGCAGCGGGACAAACUGUACAGCGAGGCCGAGACCACCUGGGGGCGCCUGCACGCGGCCGAGAAGAACCAGAAGGAGCUGGCAGACGAGUACAUCGUGCUGAAGAGCAACUACCUGGCGCUGUGCAAGGAGCACGAGAAGGAGGUGACCAAGAAUGACGAGUUGGGCUUGGAGCUCCUGAACUUGGCCAAGGCGCAGGAUGCCCUUCUGAAGCAGCAGGAGGACCAGGCCAGGCAGCGCCAGGCAUACUCAGAGGCCACCAUGGAGCUGGAGCGGGUCAAGGCGCUGGUUGGCCGCCUGUCCGACAGGAAGAUCAAGCCUGAAGAUCUGGUGGCAUCUGAGCACGAGCGCAGGAAGCUGGAGAGGAGCCUGCUUGGAAAUCAAGACGAGAUCAAAGAGGAGCUGGAGAGGAUGAAGAGGAGCCACGAAGGCCAGCAGCACAAGCUGGAAGAAAAAGUGGUGACGAUGGGCAGGGAGCUGCAGGAGACCAAGAGGGCCGUCCGGAACACCCAGCACAAGCUGGCAGAGCAGUCUGCGGCCCUUCUGAGCUCCCAGGGCCAGCUGAAGGAGGUGGAGGCCGACAACUCGAGGCUGCAGCUUCAGCUCAAGGAGCUCAACGAGGAGUACCGCGCCCGGCUCGUCCGCUACAUUCAGGACCUGGCGGAGUACGUGGACGGCUGCACAGCUGAAGCGGGUGGCCGGACGCCAGCGGUGCCCCUCGAGCGCACCAGGAUGAAGAGCUUCGUGGACAACAUGCUGCAGGACGUCAAGGCCUCCUACCGGUCCCGAGAGGAGCAGCUCGCCAACGCGGCACGCGGGUACAAGAAGAGGCUACAGCACCUGCUCAAGGUGCACGAGAGGCUGCUGGUUGCUUACAGAAUGCAGCGGGAGCAGAUCCUGUCGGUGGGCGAGCGCGGCCUGGACCCCGGCCCCCCAGAGUCGCACUUCGGCGUUCCCGACAACGAGCUGGAGAGCGAGAUGAGCCGCGAGCUGCAGAGGCUGCGGGAGGACAAGGCGCGGCUGGAGGCGCAGCUGCAGGAGCAGAAGCGCAGCGUGGACUACCUCGACCCCACCGUCUCCUCACAGCAGUCACCUGCCAACGUGGGGAAAAUCUCGGAAGACGGCUGGGCGGACAUCAGGAAGCAGCUGCGUGAAUUCACCCACUCGACACAGGAGGACCUCGAGAGGGAGCGCGCCCAGCUGCUGACACGGGCCAUGGUGGCAGAGGAGCAGCUCUCGGAGCUCCAGGACUACGUGGACAAGCACCUGGCAAGGUACAAGCAGGAGAUCAUCAGACUGAGGAGACUCUUGGGCACAGAAGCGGGCCGCGCUUUCAGUGCCGAUGCCCCCGACGUCCGCCAUCUACGCCACUCCAGAAGAAAUGGCAGUUACGAACUGUGAAAGGCAGCCGUAAUGGAGGGUUGAAAGGGAGGGGAGACGGGCAGAAGACAACAGGACUGGCACUGCCAGGAGAGCCACAUUUGUCGCCGUGUGCCCAGUCUUAGGGAGUGUCCUGAGGCUUCAUGAUGGACACGAGUGCUUAAUGGACAUGUUGCUUUAAUUUUUUAGAGCGCCUUUCCAUGGAGCUACACAGGCAGCCUUGUGCUUAAGAGCCCAGUGUCCUGGCCAGUAGGGGGCAUCACUGUGUGCCAAUAAAGGGGGUACUUGGGUUAAAUCUCAA